UUCGUGAUAUCCGAGUUAGUUCGUGUGAUGGGUUGAUUCGUCCAAUUUACAAUUUUUUAAAUUACUUAUACUACAAGAUGCAAUCCUUCCAAAGCAACCCGGAAUCUCUAAGGCAAGUAUUCCAGCAACCAUUGCAGUACGGAUUACCUUGCUACAACCGGCGAGCGUCUUCCGGUGACGAAGGUGGUUCCGGCGCAAGCACGGCCCGUUGGCCUUCUGAUGAAACUUAUAAAGAAAUUAUCACCGAAUCAAUUCCUAACAAAGUGGAAGCAUCACAUACUGGAUCGACCAACACCAUCAAUCUACUUCCGAUUCGAGAGCUGCAACAGUUGAUCAACCUGGAGAACGCUAUUUCCAAUGUGUUCUUUUGUGAAAGUUUGAUUGAACACCUACGGCUUUUGACGGUUCAUCACGGGGGCAAUCAUAGCAAAAUGUUCCGUACCUUCAUUCCGGAUGAGGUCCUUGAGCGGGUGGCGUUUGCCCGGAUCAAGGAAGGCAAAUAUGAGUACACAUUGCGAGACAAUUUUUCAAAGAUUAUGAGCGCAAUGAAAGUUGCCUGGUUCGUGGACAAAAGUGAAGAACAAUUUGAAAGUCAAAUGGCUCAUCUGGUCAAAAAAGCUCACAAUCGUGGCAAAAUUAUUCGAACCCGGAACGAACAGGCGGUAGCGACUUGCGGUUCGACGACCGAUGAUCAUGAGCAAGAUGACGUUGAAAAUCAAGGCAAUGACAAUUCUGAUGACGAAAGUCCAUCAAAAGUUACAGUCCCGCAGGCAGAUGCAGCUGCCUCCUCCCAACCGCCACUGUUGAACACAUUUGCCACCAUCCACGAUCCCGAAAGACAGCAGCUGCUGUUGACUCAGUGGUACCACAGUGCGAUGUACUACCGAGACCGCUACCAGGUGGCCAAGAAAGCCAACCAGAAGAUCAAAUCAGACUACUCGGAGCAGGCCAAAAUUAACAAACGUCGCAUCUCGCGAUGUUUGCGCCGUUUACAAUCCAUGCAGCAGUAUUUAGUCGUUCUGGAAAAUCGACUCAACGACCUGGACUAGCAUUCAUGUUAUUUUACUACCGUUUUUAAUUUGUUUUUGUUGAUGAUCAUUGAUUAUUUUCAGACGAUCGUUUGAAGUACGAUCAAUUUUAAUUUGUUAUAUAUUGUCAGAUUUCCGUUAAUAAUGAUUUUAA